AUGGCCACGGUGAUGGCUAUGAACUUCCCACUCCCUGUCCCACCGCGAACACCAACUCCACCACCGGACGAAGGCAUGGCUCAACACGCCUCACCGGUCAAGAUCGGAGUUUCUAUCGAUCGUGAUGCAUUGUCGCCACUACGAGAUACAUUCCCGAAGAGCGCUUCCCUGGAUGCGGGAAGCCAGGAUUUUCUGAGCCCAACUGCCCCUUCUUUCCCAAGUCCUGUGCCUGUGGACCAUGCGUCGCCGACGCAUCAUGUUGCAAGCGACUCGACCCCGGCGGGGCCCUUCAAUUUCAACACUACUGUUAUGGCCAAAAGUCCGGUGAUCAAAUCGAACAUUGGACAACGUCGCGGUCACAAAUAUAAACACAGCAGUAUCUCCCAUCAGAUCUUUCUUGAACCUCCCCCACGCGCGCCACUCGCUCUUCCCAAUUCACUCCCGAUACCCACGCUGAAGGAAUACCGCACUAGUAUGUCGAAAGACCAGAAAACACGCUUUUGGUGGAGUGUGUGCCAUAUGUUCGUGGCUGCUUAUACCCUUUGGACCGCACACGGAUCACUGGCGAUGACUGCGCUAUCCCACUUGAUUCUCUUUGACUCACUUGGAGCCCUUCUUUGUGUGGCCGUCGACGUUCUUGGGAAUUUUGAAGUAUGGAAGAGAUCGAGCAUCCGCCAUCCGUUUGGCCUGGAGCGAGCAGAAGUGCUUGCUGGCUUUGCAAUGUGUGUACUUCUGCUGUUUAUGGGCCUUGAUUUGAUUUCUCAUAAUCUUCAACAUUUCCUGGAGAAGUCCGGUCAUGAGCCGCAUCAUUCGCAUGACCAUGACAGAGUCUCUGUUGGCGAUGUGGAUGUCACCGCUCUUUUGGCCAUCGUCUCGACCCUUGUUUCUGCAAUUGGACUGAAAAACCAUGCGCGGAUUGGCAAGGCCAUGCACUUUGCCUACAUCGAGUCCCUUCCAUCAGUACUGAGCAACCCUUCUCAUUUCCUGACUCUUUCGUGCUCGGUUCUGCUGCUCCUGCUGCCUUUGGUAUCUAUUCGAAUCUAUGACUGGCUUGAUAAGCUCCUUUCGGGCACCAUUGCCUUGUCGAUGUGCGUUUUGGGCGUCCGCCUUGUGAAAGCUUUGGGGUCUAUGCUCCUGAUGUCAUACUCUGGCCAAGGUGUGUCCGAGGUCAUCAAGGAUAUCGAAGCAGACCCCAGUGUGUUCGGAGUGGAUGAUGCUCGAUUCUGGCAAGUUCACUACGGGCUGUGCAUGGCCAACUUGAAGGUGCGUGUGAGUGGCACUGAAGACAAUCUCUCUCGAUUGCGAGAGAGGAUCUCCAGCCUGAUUCGUAACCGACUUGGCGGGGGUUAUGGCACUGGCGGGCAGAGGUGGGAGGUCUCACUUCAAUUUACUAUUGAACGGACAUAG